UGUUCUCUGCUCACCACGGACCCCGACUUAACCAUGGGGGUAAGUUUGACGUCACGUCCGCCGUUUUCCGCCGUACUGGUAAGUGAGACCAUUGCUCUGCGUGACCUUCGAUUCGAGCGAAAAAGGUCCAAGAUGGGUAAACGUUUCGGAAACCUGACCACUGUUCGGGGCAUCAUUCACUAUUCCCUGUCUCCCUUUGAGCAGCGAGCCUUUGCUGGUGUGAUCAGCCAUGGUAUACCCAAUAUAUUAAGGAGAAUACGGAGUCAGAUGUUUAGAGUUGCACCUCCUUUCAUCAUAGGAUACCUCAUAUACGAUUGGGGGGAGAAGGAAAAUGCGAGACUCAGUAGGAAAAAUCCGGCAGACUAUGCCAAUGAUGAGUGAAGACAGUGACAGGCAAAAUACCUCAAAAAGACUUUAUAAGACAAUGUUUUCAUUCGCUGGAUAAUAGUGUAUCAUCUGACACUUGACAUCACCUUAAUAGCUACAAAUGAUAAAUCACCAAAUUCUGUGUCCGUAAAAACUAUUUGAGAAAUGUUUAUGAUGCAAUUAACAAGGAUGAAUAGUUUUCUGUACGAUCUAUUAAACUUCAGGCUCGGCACAAUUUACUCCUUAAACUCGAUGUCAAUGAUGCAGCAUUUUGCAGUUUUGAUUUUAAUGAAGUAAUCACUGUUAAAUAACAUCAGCUGUCAUGUGAGAACAAGUUUGUCAUGUGCUUGGCCCAGUUCAUCAUUAUUGUAAUCUAAUCCUCAUCUCUAAACAUGCUUUACGAGGGUCAUAUUUCAGUGAAUAUUUUAGGUUUGAUGGGUUUAGCUUCAGUAACAUCUUUAGACCUGUAGUGUGUGCGUUUGCUGAACAAAUUAAAUUAAUUACAUGUAUUUCAUUUUGAAUACAAUUUUGCCUC